GCUUCCGCUUCAUUCCUAGCCGGGCUCGGAGCGGAUCGGAGCUUUCAGCGUCACUUCGGAGACAACAAAACCGAGACGCUCGGGCCAAACCCAACGAAACCCACUCGGAAAACAUGUCCGAACCCAAGUACCGCGACUGGAUCUUGGAGACUAUCGAUUCGCUGCGGUCUAGAAAAGCCAGACCGGACCUUGAGAGGAUAUGUCGAAUGGUCCGAAGGAGACACGGGUCAGACCCAGAUCGGACCCGUGCAGAACUGGAGAAACUGAUCCAAGAACAGACAGUACUUAAAGUUAGCUACAAGGGCUCGAUUUCCUACCGGAACGCCGCGAAAGUGCAGAGGAAAAGCCGAAAAAAGAGUGAGCUCACGCCCGACCGCAGUAGCGGCAGCGGCGAGUCACUGGGCGAACAAGCCAAACACGCCACUUUCAACAACAACGGCGACAGCGCGCACAGCCUCACGGACCAAGAGGAGUUUGGAGACAAGGACCCCGAGUCCACGGGGGCGAGGCAGAACCUUGACCCCCACCCCCCGGCCCAAACCCUAGCCCCAGCCCCGGCCGUGCAGGAGAGGAGCGAAACGAUUUUGCCUCAGACUAGCGGAAACAGUUGUGUCAGUUGUGGCGCAACGGACUGCACUGUCGGGAGCGGCUGUGGCGUGAAGGCAAGUGCACCGAAAGACAAGAGAUUAAUGCCACAAGCGGGAGGGAAAUGCGACUCGUCCGACCACUCGAAAGACACGAACAAGGACGACGUGUGUGAUGCCGCGAGUCAACACAACACCAAGUCAGCAGGGUGCGGGGAGACGCACUCGCCCAGCCGCGAGGACAACGGAGAUAAGGCAAAGAAAACUUGCGCGAGUGCUAGUUCGAGCAGCAGCAGCAGCAGCGGUGAUGUCGGCAACAAUAACCACCUCAGCCGAAACAAGCCGCAACCGACGCUCACUAAACCUAAACUCCUCCGUGUCGGCACAACGAGGGCGGCGAGUGAGAACGAAGCGUCGGACCAAGCCAGCGCCGAUCUGGGCGACAGGCUGGUGGAGUCGGUGCGGAGUCUGACGGAGCGGAGUCGGGCGACCACCGCAACGCGGGGCCCCACGCCGCUCGGGCUGAAGGAGAUCCUCGGCUACCUCAGCACACAGAGUGGACUGGGCGAGGAGAAGCUGACCCGCAGCCGAGUCAAAGCCGUGCUGGAGCGAGAGGUGGCGAGGGGUCGCCUCAGACGGACCCACCUCGGCCACAUUGCCCUCCCCACGAGGGGGAUGGGGGCAGCCAAACCAUCCGCGAGACUUCUGAAGAGCGCACUGCAGGAUAGACAGCUCGCGAAGAAGGUGGAGGUGAAACCAGAGGAACAGCCGAUGGUGGUGGACAGCACAGUGACGGGACGGGAGAGGGAGGAGGAGGAGGAAAGGAAAGAGAAGGAGGUGAAGAUCGAACGGAAGGUGGGGGGAGAAGCGCAGGUGCCGCCUGCUGCGGGAACCGCGGAAGUCAAGGGUCACGGUGACACCAUGGUGGCGAAGGCUGUGCCCCCGUCCUCACCCAGCCCCACCCCCACCCCUGCCACCCUCAACCACACUGUCAAGACAGAGGCCCAGCCGAGUGAUGAAGUGAUGGAGCCUCAGAAGGUGUCACAACCAGCAGGGUCAGAGGUCAACCAGGUGGAGGAGGAAGAGGAGAAGAUGGAUAUAAAUGACCAGCAGCCUCCAGACACACAGGAUCCAGUGAUCAUGGUGUCAGAUGCUCCCUGCCUCACUUCCUCUGUUGCCACUAAGAGCUGUUCGGGCUGUAAGAUGGAGGUGGGAGUGUCUUCCUGCCUGCUAACCCCAACGGCGUCUCCCAGAGACAUGGGCCCCUCUGAGGAACGGGGGAUGAACGGAGGAGUGUUUGUGAAGGUGGAGAGCGGCAGCAUGAACCCGGUGGACUGGACCGUGGCGGACGUGGUCAACUACUUCACCUCAGUGGGCUUCGCUGAGCAGGCCCUGGCAUUCAGGACGCAGGAAAUAGAUGGCAAGUCACUCCUUCUGAUGCAGCGGAAUGAUGUCCUCACGGGCCUCUCCAUCCGACUCGGACCGGCACUGAAAAUCUAUGAACGGCACGUUAAGGUUCUGCAGAAAACACACUUCCAAGAUGACGAAGCUUUCUGCUGAUGAUGAAAAUACACACACAUACACACGCACGCACACACACACAUAUACAUACAUUCUUACUCCUGUGUAAAGACACAUUUGACAUGAUCUCAUACGUGCAAUCAUGCAUGCACUGACUGUUGUCAUACACAUACACAUAUCUUUGCUUAUUUGUAUUAUUAUAUUCAAACUGACAUAUGGACUUGUGACAACAAGUAUGUGAAAGGAUUCCAGUGCACAUUCACUCAUUAAUACACACACACACACACACACACACACACACACACACACACACACACACACACACAUACA